ACAGCCAUGAAAAUGCUAUCGUGGAACUGCCGUGGAUUGGGGAAUUCACGAGCAGUUAGAGCCUUGUCAAGGCUCUCCUUAAAGUUUCAUCCCCAAAUUGUCUUCUUAAUGGAGACUAGAAGUUAUGUUACUGAAUUUGAUCAUGUAAAAAUUGCUAUGGGUAUGGAUUGUUGUUUGGCCAUGAGUUGUGCUGGUCCUGGUAGAAGGAGAUCAGGGGGAAUUGCUAUGCUGUGGAAUAGCAGUCUAGAUGUGAGCCUCCUCUCCUGCUCACCUAACCAUAUCAGUGUUGUGGUCACAGAUGAAUGGGAUCAGAAGUGGUGUCUAACAGGGCUGUAUGGUCACCCUGAGGAAGUUAAUAAGGUUCAUACUUUGACUCUCCUUGAUUCUUUAAAAUCUCAGUAUCAAGGCAUGUGGAUUUGCAUUGGGGACUUCAACUUAAUCUGUGAGUCCUCGGAGAAAAGAGGAGGAAGAAUUGCAAACCUUGCCCAAAUGGGUCAGUUUAAGGAUACUUUGGCAGCGUGUGGUCUGGCUGAUGUGGGGUAUACGGGUUUCCCAUUUACAUGGGAUAAUGGAAGAGAGGGUGACCAAAAUAUCUGUGAAAGGCUCGAUAGAUGUGUGGCAAACUCAGAAUUCACUGCUAAUUUUCCCUCGAUUAUUGUGGAGCACUUGGGUAAAUAUGGUUCUGAUCACUCAGUCCGGUAUGCCAUAUUGCUGAAUGGAGAGCCUAGAGAUUGGUUUUCUCCGCAUAGAGGACUGCGCCAAGGAGAUCCGAUCUCCCCUUAUCUGUUUAUUCUUUGCGCGGAAGUCUUUGCAGGUCUAAUUGAUGAGCAAGUGGCUCUCAACAAUAUUCAUGGGAUUAGGAUUGCCCGUGGGGCUCCUCAGAUUUCGCACCUCUUCUUCGCCGAUGAUAGCCUUCUUUUUAUGAGGGCAAAUUUGGUGGAAGCAAAUCAUACUCUUGCUUCUAUUAAAAGAUAUGAGGAAGCUUCUGGACAAAGGGUAAAUUUUGACAAAACAGAGUUGUCUUUCAGCCAAAAUGUGCAAGAACAGUUAUGUAAUCAGAUCCGGCAUAGGAUGGAAGUUAAGGUUGUAGACUCUCAUGACAAAUACCUUGGUUUGCCAACGAUUAUUGGGAGAUCCAAGAAGGCUGUUUUCCUCACGGUGCAAGAGAGGUUAGUGAAAAAGUUGAAGGGUUGGAAAGAAAAAUUCCUUUCAAAGGCCGGAAAAGAAGUUCUUCUCAAAGCAAUUGCGCAGGCCAUCCCUACCUAUAUCAUGAGCUGUUUCAAACUCCCAGAGAGUGUGUGCGCUUCUAUGGCCUCUCUUAUGGCAAAUUUUUGGUGGGGGCAAAAGAAUAGUGAGAAGAAGAUUCAUUGGAUGAGCUGGGCAAAUUUAUGCAAACCUAAAGCGUGUGGAGGGCUGGGUUUUAGAGAUUUCAGAAGUUUCAAUGAUGCUCUGUUGGCUAAGCAAGUUUGGCGCCUUCUCCAUCGAGAGGAUUCUCUGUUGUUUAAGUGCCUAAAAGCAAGGUACUUCCCUAGGUCCUCUCUUCUUGAUGCUCCCGUGGGUUUUAGACCAAGUUUUGCAUGGAGGAGUAUCUGCUCAGCUAGACCUAUCAUUAAGGAUGGGUUUGUUUGGAAAGUGGGUAAUGGAUAAAAAAUCUCAAUCUGGGAGGACUCUUGGCUCCCAGGAACUAACUCAGGUCGGAUUCUCAGCCCAGUUAAAGAACUCCCUUCAAAUGCCAAAGUAGCUUCCCUCAUUGCUAGUGACCAACGAAAAUGGAAUAGUGAUUUGGUGGAUCAUAUCUUUAAUGUUGCUGAAGCGGCUAAGAUUAAGAAUAUCCCCCUUGCAUGGACUGAUAGAAACGAUAUGCUGAGUUGGAAGUACACAGUUAGUGGGGUAUUCUCUGUCAAGUCAGCUUACUCCUGGAUCCAGCAACAAAAAGCGUCCCUUAUUGCCUCUUCCUCUUCUUUGCGAGCUGAUUGCAAUUUUGUCUGGAAAUUAAAAAUCCAAAAGAAGGUACAACAUUUCAUCUAUCGCUUACUGAAUAGAUCACUACCCUGUCAACAGAAUUUGAAAAGAAGAGGGGUCCUUGUGGCUCCUUUGUGCUCCCUUUGUGGUGAUUGUCUAGAUGAGACCCCGGCACAUAUUUUCCUGCAAUGUGAGUGGGUUAGACAGGUUUGGUUUGCUUCUGUUCUGUCUAUCCGUUCUGGUGAUAUUCAGCUUGAAGUGGAUAAGUGGCUGCAGCAGAUGGCAUCUUCUAAUGGAAGGGACAUAGUAGAGCAAAUUGCUAUGAUUCUCUGGAGCAUUUGGAAAACAAGAAAUGAUAGUUUGUUUAAGAGAAUUAACCCUGUAGUUGGCAAGACUCUAGAGAUGGCGGAGAGCAUGAGAAGAGAAUGGCUUAGUCACCACCCCCUGAUUUCAAAUUCAGACAAGCCCAGCCCGGCUUGGUUACCACCCCCAACAGGUUUUAUGAAACUCAAUUUUGACGCAGGGUGGUCGGGAUCGAGAGGUACAGGAUUUGGUCUGGUUAUUAGAGAUGAAAAGGGAAUUUUCCAGAUCGCAGCUACUCACUAUGAGGACUUCAGACUGGAUCCGCUAACUGCUGAAGUUUUGUGUCUUCGCUGGGCCCUUAAUCGUGCAGCUGAAUGGAACUUGGAAAAAGUGAUUGUUGUGUCUGAUUGCCAGCAGCUUGUGAAAGCUUUCCACCAUCCAAAUGACUUCCCUGUCCUGCAACACAUUCUACUGGAUAGUUAUCAAUUUGGUCCUAGUUUUAAUUGUUUUUCUUUCCAAUUCGAAAGUAGGCAAACCAAUGUAGUAGCUCAUGCACUAGCUGCUGAGAGUUUCUUGUACCACGACAGCACUUGGUGGGGUGACCCCCCUGUGGGUAUCCUGUUACAUCUUGCUGCUGAUUUUCCUGAUCAAUGAUUAAAGUAUCUUAUUGCAUUCAAAAAAAAAAAUGAAUGUUCAAGAAAAGAACUCACUUAUUUAUUCAUUUUUUAAUUUAUAUUUGCCUUCCUACAUUUAAUGUGAUAUUUGUUGUUAAUAGAACCUAGAUUAAAA